GCUGAAAAAGACAAAAGUCCCGAGAGAAGAGGAAAAGAAAAUGACGAGGAGCUGCCUGAUGCUCCGAAUCCCAGGCAGCUCCUUUCAAUCAUAAAGGAGCAACGAAAGGCUCCAAGAAGACGAAGUGAAUGUGUAGCAAUUUACCCAAGGGAUAGAACGGCAACAACAAAGAAAGUGAAAUUCAUAAUCCCACUCGAAAGUGCUGAAGGGCAAAGUUGUAUUCAGGUCACACCGACUGAGAAGGGGGUCUCUGUUAAAAGUGUCGCAAGAGACGAGGUGCAGAAUGAAGAAGUGAUUCUAACAAACGGAGAAGAACUUCUGAGCAGGCUGAAGCAGACGCUGGAAAAGGAAACGCCGUUCACAUCUAGAAGGGCAGAUGAAUUAAGAGCCCCUUUUAGAUUUUUUCCGAAACUCGGAACAGUUAAAGAAGACGACGAAUUUCAGGUCCUUGCAGACGACAGAAGAUACGGAUUAAUCCGGUCCGAUUCGGAGGCGGGGAUCUCCGACUCCGGAUCGGACUGGUCAGGCCCGGAUGUCAACAUGAAAUGUGACUGUGUGACGCCAUUGAAAUAUCUUCUCUGCUGUCACUGUUGCCGGAAGCGGAAGCGUGGAAAGACUCCCACGUUGUCUGUUCAGUGGGUUGAGGAUAAGGGAAACAGUUACACAGGUGGAGAAGUGAGGAAUGACAAUAAAUUAGACGAUGAAGCUCAACCAAAACGUUUAGGAAAAAUGAAGAGAUUCAGAAAUUUCCUAAGGAAUAUAUUUUGUUGUGGAAGGAAAAACAGUGAGGAAUGAAGAUCGUCUAGCCUGCUCAUAUUAUUUAUUCGUUUUUAUAAAAUAAUGUGAUUGUUUUUUCUUUCGUUUUGGAAACCAAGGAGAAGACAACGGAGCUAUUUAAUACCGUAUUUUUUUAGAUAAGCAUUUUAUUGGAUCUUUUUUUUUUUUAUUUGGACGUGUUUUUUUAUUUUCUAGAAUAUUGGCUACAGAGCAGAAAAAAAGCUCUGUGGCCAAAAUUGCUGACAAAAUUCAUACCAUAUUCUAAAUUCUUCUUUGACUAUAAAUUAUAUAUAUUUUUAAAAUCUGCUAUUUAAAGUUCCGUUGUCUUCUCUUUACAAAAUUCUUUAAACAAUAUUGUACAAGUUCAAGUUAAAUAUGUAAUGAAAUAUGAAAUUAAAAACUGAAUUGCAAAAAUAGACUUUUUGUUAUG